CAGCAGUCGAAGUAUCGCGCUCCUCAUGCUAACUCCGUGGAUCGGAAUCACCGUGCUCCACAUGUGCUCUCGUUCCUCGAUCGUCCACCAGUCGCCACCCCUAGCCGCUUGAUUUCGCCCCUUCCAUCCCUUAUCCGCUGACCCUGAGAUACUUUCCAACACUCUUCAGCAAAAGGGAUAGGAGUCAGAGUGUGCGGGGUUACCAUCACUCUGCACCUCACUAAAUUUAUCGCAGAUAUUGUUUCGAAGAUCGGUUGCUUGUCUAUCGAACGCAGAUUCUUGUCGACCAAGUGACCGAUCUGGAUUUCGUUGCAACUUGCAAUUUUUUUCAAUGCACCGAAAGAAAGUGUCGUCUGUGUUGUGACUUACCAAGUGUCGGCAUGAGUGUUGUUCCGGUGUAACGAUAAGUACCUCGAUUUGAGGAUUUAUUUUACAUCCAUACUUUUACAUUCUUUCGGUGAUGAACGAUUUUCCGGAAACUUUGAAGUGAUUUCUAAGCGUUGUUUCUGUGUGUUCAAAUCGUGCGGGACUUCAAACGCUGCGUUACGCAGAGCAUCUAAUCCAUCCGCUAAACUUGCAGAAAACAGUUAUCUCAAGUGCUCUGCGGAAUUUUAUGGUCAUUUUUUCCUGGACGGCAAAAUAUUUCUCUCAAAUGGUGACAAAUUUUAACUAAAAUUACGCGUAUUUCUGACAAAAUGCAAUUUUUUUUAGUGUUGCGUAUUCAUUAAUCCAAUCCGGUGUUCUUUGGUUUUUUUAGUUUAUUUUACUAGGUAUUGUGAAUAACUCCAGUCCUAACGAAAGGAAGUGACUCUCAAAUUAAAACUUGGAUUUUUUUUCAAGAACUCCACAUCGUGACUCAAACAUUCCAGUUUGAAAGAAUUUUCCAUUCUAGGAAUGAUAAACUUUUCGCUUUGUUUUUAGUAGUGAGUUCAUUGGAAAAUUAAGAGGAGACGACAUUAUCUUUGUUUUCGUGCUGAAACUUUGAAGUGUUUUUUAUUGUGGCGAUAAUGUAUUUCAUUCGGAGAUUGAUGUACGUUCCGCCAAUCCCGCGGCAAGCAAAGUUACGUUCGUAAUGCAAGAAUAAAGUGCGGUUAAAUCAUGCACCGGGCUUCUGCGGAUUGUCUUUCAACAUGUGUUCCUGAUUUAAAACUAUAGUAUCGAUAAUUGGCGUCCCCUUCAACCUAACAGGGGCUUGCAGCAACAUUGGAUCCCUAAUACUGGAAGUAAAUGGUGAACUUUUCAGCCUGCAAACAUGAGAAUGUGAUGUGCUCCUUGUAACGAAAAAUAACGACAUUUUCAUGAUAUUCAACAGUUCACCGUCCUUCAUGAUAAUCAGGAUUUCAAGAUGUGUCCUACUGCUUGUGACGAGGACACAUAAACCACCGGCUGACCAUCAAGUCGGCUCUGCAUUCCUCAUGCCCUACUAUGCUCAUUGCUAUUAAUAGUGCUUUCGUUAUAGUACUCUCCCUAGCUGCCAUGUUUUUGUCCCGUCCGACCCUGCAAUCCGUCAAUUCCAGUCUCACAGCGCAAGCAGCCCAAAAUAUAUGGCACGCCCUCAGUGAUUGGUCGCCGGAGGACCAAGACUCGGAGGAGCCGGGUCGGUGGCGGACGUUCAGGGAAACGCAGCUCCUGCUGAGGCGGGAAGGGGGGGAGGAAGGGCGCUCGGUGGACUGCUGCCCGAGCGUCCUGGAGAUGGUCGAGCCGGAGGGCGGCCGGAACCAGGAGGACAUGUUCGUCGAGCUCUACCGGGAGGGCGACAACCGGCAGCGCUUCUACGAGCUCUCCUGCCGGGCCGACAUCGAGAACAAGCCCUGCCGCUUCAUGGACCGCAAGCUCCACAACCAGUCCCGAUGCGUCCAGCAGUUCUCCUACACCUACGCCCUCGUCCGCGAGCCGGAGACCCUCCGGCACCACCACCGCCCGCACCACUUCCCCUCGCUACCCUCCUUCCCCUCGGGCGGCAACUGGAUGCUCGACUACAUUCGGGUCCGCUCCGGCUGCAGCUGCCAGCUCAUGCCCAAGGCCAAGAACAAGCGCACGCUCCCGGGCAAAACCAAGAGGGCCAAGCUCAAGAGCAAGUGAGCUCCUCCGCCCCGAGGCGACCGGUCGUCCGCGAUCCCGGCACCCGGUCACCAGCCUAGAUCUGCUCCUCUGCGUCAUGGCAGCGGGAAAGAGGUAGUGACUCUUGAUGGAGACUUCUGAUGGAUGGACGCUGCUGUCCAGCGGGCUGAUAGUUGAAAUUGAUAGACAAAGCUAUAGACAAAGAAGACAAAAGAUAAAUGGAGGGACCUUAUUGGUGGAAGCGGGUGGUUGCAAUGGACAAAGAAGGUAAAUAAUAGACUAA